CACUGUCGGAAGGAAAGAAAUCUCCCAACUCUGCUCUGUCCCCGACCAACUUGAUUCAGUCAGUCGCCUUCCUUGUGUUGGAGCGCUUGGUAUUCAGUGUGUCCAUGAGGAAAUGUGAACCUUCAGCUAUCGGUCAUCUAAGGGCAAUCUGCCAGUGUCGUUUGGUGGACGUACAGUCAAGUAUUUCGUGUGUACAUGCUUUCACGCCGGUAUAGAUCAAGCAAGGUGACAUAAUCAACAAGCCGGAGAACGAGGCAAGGAAAAGGCAAAAAGAAGGAAGGAAAAAAAGAAGAGGAAAGCAAUUGACUGUGAGCUCUCGUUGUGUAGACAUUUAUGGUGAUUUUUUUUUUCUUGGACUUUGAGAAGAAUUUGAAGAAAAAAAAACACUCUUAUCUUGUCACCUAGUGGCAUCAAAAUCAUCAACUACAUAAAUAUAGGAGAGGUUCUGUUCGCCUUAAUUUUUUAAGAAAGAAAAUUGCCAAGAUUCUUCGUCUUCAUGGUUCUACAUGCCGGUGAUCGAUUCCCUCAACGCCAUCGCAGUAUGUCGAUGGCAGUCAAUUCAUGGAGGAAUGAGGACCACCUCACAGCUGACAAGCACCAUGGACCGCCGCAGCAGACAGGUCUCGAACCUUCACCUCUUGAUCCCUGCCCACCAGACACGGAUCAUUAUGCGGACACCGGACCUCUGCGGUUGCCGCCACCUCCACCACAGACACAGCCCCCUCAUUCAGCGGCUGGACCUCCACCACCACAGGUACAACCUCCACAAGCUCCCAUUGGACCUCCACCACCAUCAGGGGCAUUGCAGGCUGCCACGCCGCAGCAAACACCAGCCACACCGACACAGACAGGACCAGGGAGCCAGGGUGGUGGGGGAGCCGCACAGAACGGCCCGCAGUCGGGCUCGGACUCGGGCAGCAACGUCACUUCCAAUAACAAUAACAACUCACAGCAUAUCGAGUGUGUAGUAUGUCAUGAUAAGAGUAGUGGAAAGCAUUAUGGUCAGUUUACUUGCGAAGGUUGCAAGAGUUUCUUCAAAAGGAGCGUCCGGCGUAACCUCACCUACUCGUGUCGUGCUAAUCGGAAUUGUCCUAUUGAUCAACACCACCGGAAUCAAUGCCAGUACUGCAGACUUAAAAAGUGCCUCAAGAUGGGCAUGAGAAGGGAAGGCAGAAACACUGUAUCCAAUCACCCUUGGGACCUUCAACUUAACCUCCCGUCCGAGGGACAAGCUGUUCAGAGGGGUCGUAUGCCACCGACUCAACCGGGCCCUGGUCAAUACCUGGAUGGUCGCUUCGAAGGACACACAUUCCUCUCGGGUUACAUCUCGCUACUGCUUCGAGCUGAGCCCUACCCGACGUCGCGUUACGCCCAGUGCAUGCAGACCAACUCAGUAAUGGGCAUCGACAACAUCUGCGAGCUCGCAGCCCGGCUCCUCUUCAGCGCCGUCGAGUGGGCUAGGAACAUCCCUUUCUUCCCCGACCUCCAAGUCACUGACCAGGUGGCCUUGCUCAGGAUGUGCUGGAGCGAGCUCUUCGUCCUCAACGCGUCGCAGUGUUCGAUGCCCCUCCACGUCGCCCCGCUCCUCGCUGCGUCGGGACUCCACGCCAGCCCGAUGUCGGCCGACCGCGUGGUCGCUUUCAUGGACCAUAUCCGUAUUUUCCAGGAACAAGUUGAAAAACUGAAAGCGUUACACGUGGACUCGGCAGAGUAUAGCUGUAUCAAGGCAAUUGUACUCUUCACGUCAGAUGCAUGUGGUUUGUCCGAUGCGGCCCACAUCGAGGCUCUCCAAGAGAAGUCCCAGUGCGCCCUUGAGGAAUACGUCCGCAGUCAGUAUCCUAACCAGCCCAACCGAUUCGGCAAACUUCUUCUCCGGCUUCCUUCGCUCCGAACCGUCUCGUCGCACGUAAUCGAACAAUUAUUCUUCGUUCGGCUGGUGGGCAAGACCCCCAUUGAGACUCUCAUUCGCGAUAUGCUGCUCUCUGGAAGUUCCUUCAGCUGGCCCUACAUGACAAUGCAAUGACAGUGAGAUGUUGAGGCAGGUCCGGGGACCAGCAAAAUGCAGUUUUAUGUUAUAGAGAUAAAUAUGUCUAUCAAUGCCAAAAAAUAAGGUCAAUUAUGAACAAUGUGACAGGGAGACAAGAUCAGUGGAUAAAGCUUGAGUAAAAAUAUGCAAUGGGCAUACUGAAUUGUAGUCGCUGACCAGGGCGAUACUUUCCAGUACGAAUUUCAUUCUUCUUUUGAUAAGAAGACAGUACUGAACAAAGACUGCAUAGAGAUGGAGAGGGAUAACCUAGAAAUGAAAUGGGGAUAAAAAGAUGUUGUGGUUGUGGUGCUACGUUAUUAUCCCUGAAAAUUGGAGUCUUGUAACCAUUAGCCAUACUUACUUCUGGAGGAUAGGACUGGAUGGCUAACUGUGGAAGCAAGUCUAGAUACUGAAGUUUUUCGGAACUACAUUGAUCGGAUUUUGGUACAAUACCCCAGGAACUGCCACUAGGGGAUACCACGUCGUCGUCCUUAACAAUGGGGAAUAUCUUCUGCUAGUCAGCUAAUGAUGACACCACCACGAACCUACCAUCUAAAAAAAUUGGGGGGGGGGUUCCCUUUGUUAAAAGUGCAUUCCAUUAUACAGAGCUCCUUUAAAAGGGUCAGUACCCAAUAAUCUUAACCAUUUCCAUUUAGCCUCAAUAUUGUCUCCAACUUCUUUUUUUUCUUCUGACCGUUCAGAAUUGCAAGAAGGUUUUUUUCUCACCGCACUUGUUUCACAAGAGGCUCCACUCUGGUCUUAACCGAAAAUGAUAUUCCUUUAAACUCUUUCAAAUGUCAAUGUUUCAUCGAAUUCGUUUUAUCUGUCAUUGUAAAAACUCAAAUUAUUUUGGUGACUGAGAGGGCGUCGUACCGUAUUCCAACAUCAACGGAUAUCUGUCAAUUACUUCAGAUCAUUGAUUUUUACCCAUAGCCUAAAUUCAUGAAAUAACCCUUUGAUUUAUAAACACUGGAAGAGGAUGGCUAUUUUGAUGAAUAUUUAGACUCAAAGUCAAUCGUAUUCUGUAUUUGACAGACAAGACCUACUCCAAUAUCACAAGACAAAACUCUGGAAGUAAAACUAAGGCAUGUAGCCUUCCAUCCAAAAAGGAGAUAGCAUUAUGAAAAACAAGAAUUAGAAGGGCCAUUGGUUGUUCAAAGCUGGUUGUCAUUGUCUUCUAAGUGAUCUAAGGUGUUGCAGCAUUCCAUAAAACAGAAGGCAUAUGUAUGACAGAAGAUUAUAAUUAUGCUGAAGUUCCCAUAGAUUCAUUGUGCAAACCAGAAUUCUUGGUACUUGUUAGGGUAAUUGACAUUGUGUAUUUCAGUACGUACUUCGUGUUUUAAUUGUUUGUAUAACUAGUGAUACGUUUGAUUAUAUUCUAUCAUUUCUAUGUUUACUGGUUCCAAACCGGUGUUGUUUUAGAGUCUGACGUAGACGGAACAUCUCACCGCAAGUAUUCGUAAAGUCGAUAGUUUCUAGUGCUAUUAUUUUGUUAUUAAAAGUCCUAUUAUGAACUGAAGCUCGUGUUAAUUUUAUGAUCGCCUUUGGGAAAAGUUUUACGGAUGGAGAAACAUAAAAUAUCAUUUUGAAUUCGUUUGAUGCAUUAUUAAACGUUGACUUAAUUGCUUUAUAUCCGAAAUUUCAAGACCAUGUUACAAUCGGAGUUUAGAAUAAAGUUUACGUGCAGUUGAAGACGUUUAUCGAAAUCAUUUGAUAACACCUAGAACUAAAGUGAUUCAUCAACAUUUCAUUUGAAAUGAUGUCUACAAACUCUUCAUGAACAGUCAAAAGGAUCUUUUCGAAUACCUUUUUUGAAGAAACAAUGUUAUUUGUUUACAACAACAACUGUUAUAUUUUGAAGACCUUUGUUAGUUUUGAAUAUGCAUCUUUUGUUUUUAUUUCUCGAUCACCCAAUACCUUGUAUUACCAAUGCUGUGUAUAGUCCCACCCUAUUCAUUUAUCCCAAGCAUUACCAAGCCCUUCGCAUUUUAUGAAAGUAAUUAAGGUGGUUGAAGGUGAAGACAUCACUUCCAUAUCUUUUUAAUAUUACUGCCCUUCUUGUUUAAAAUCAAAAUUAAAAUAAAAUGGAAAUUGAGUCUUGAACUAUGUUUGUAUUCCGAGGGAAAUAAUGACUAAAAAAAGUAUUUACAAAUAAUUUUGGCCUUCAAUAUAGUAAGAGAUUACGAUAGUGGUUAUUGUCAUCUUAUCAUAGUUUCAUUCGUACUGUCCUUAUUAUGUGUUUCAUCCACCUCUCUUUCCUCUGAGGAAGUAAAAUAAAACAAGGUCAACUAAAAGGGAAAGACUUUGUCAUUGAGCACCGACUUCAUAUGAACACAAGAAAACAAAGUUGUCCAGGUCCCCAGGUGAUUGAAACAUAGUUUUGUAUCGAAAAGAGGGCGCUAGAUUUUGUAAGAGAGCGUGUAUCCCACAAUGCUGCAGUGUGAUUUUUGUAUUUUAAGCUUGAAGCUCCAGUAUGCGUGAUGCGAAAAGAAGUUGCUUUUUCAGUAUAUCUAGUGUCAUUUUAUAUAAAUAGAUAAUCGUAUACAUUUGCUAUAUAAUUAUUCACAUAAAAAUUGUAACUCAAAGUUGAGUUACUUAUUUGUAACUUGUAAAUAGACAAUUAUUGUCACUUUUGUGUGUACUGAAAUAUAUUAGACAAAUUGAAAUACUUAAGAUACUCAAAGUUUGUUUGAAGUACUAUCUAUCUAUAUAUAAAAUGUACAUCAUGCAAUUAUAACAGAAUCGUUCAAACAUCCGCAAAAUUUUUGCUGCCAUUUUCUGUUCAGCCUGAAAACAAAUCUGAAUCGAUAUUCAGAUUCAGUGUGAAUUUGCCAAAAAACUUCAGACCCAUUUUCACAAUACAUGUGACUGCCAAAGAAUAAAUAUGUCACAUCAAAUGUCAAUAUAAUGUUUAAAAUUGUGGGUGUUCUUUCUCAUAAUUUGCAUUGUGCUAUGAGUGCAAUGUUUGUUGUGUUCCUGGAAAUCUAUUCCACUCUGAUAGUGUCUGUAUUUUAGACUUUCGAAUUUUUUUUUAACGUGCUUUCAUUGCUCUGAAACUUUUGUUCUUUCUACACUAGAAGAACAGUGAAUAUGCAGGAACAGACAUCAGUAAUAGACAUCUCAAAUUCUCGAAUGCUACUACAUGUAGUUCAGUUAACCGCGACCCGGGGUCUAAUAUCAUGUUUAAGAAUGAUAAACUUAUACGGCAGACUACAUUCCUCUGUAGGAUCCUAAAUCCUAAACCCGGUGUCGGGUUAAAAGUUUGGUAGAAUACUGGUCGAUAUGUACGCACAAUCACAUUGCAUUGUUUUCGUUUAUGAAUCAAAACCAAAUGCAUAUUUUAGACUUUUGUGUACCAGGUACAGUUAAAAUGGAUUACCCUUUUAAAAAUGUAAAGUAUUACCCAUGGACCGUUAAAGUCAGAUAUCGGAAAUCCUUAUUUUCACCACCAAAUGAAAUAACAUUUUUUAGCCUAAAAUGUGUUAUAUAUUAUAUUAUAUAUUAAAAUCUCCAAAUCCUUCUGGUUAUAUACAGUGCAUCUGACUGUUUUGUUGUAUUGUAACAGUUUUCAAAAAUAAAAAGUCUCUUUAUUCUGUAUUAGUUGUGCAUUUUUAGUAGUUAUCGAUAUAUGUAAUUAGAAAUCUAAACAUUGCUAUUCCACUUGUGGCUAAUUUUGCUCAGUACUUGCCAAAUCGUAAAUGCCUGAUAAAAAUUAAAGUGCCACUUUGUUUUUAAUGUAACGCUUUAAACUUUAAUGUUUAAACUUCAUGUUGUGAUGAAAUCUUUUGAAGUAGGAAUUCCUAAAUUCAACUUCCCGUUGAUUAUCAUCUAACAGAAGUAUUGGAAUGUAUUGAAUAAACUAUAAGCAUGCAUGGUAUUCAUUAAUUUCACUGAAAUGUUGUUGCAAAGGACUUUUUAAAAAGAAUUUUAUAAUAUAGACCCUGUAGAGAUGAAUUCUAAUUCGUUUUGUUUUUCUUCAAUAACCCAAAUCAAUAAAAUAUUUAUUUUAAGGCUGGCUUCUCACCGUAUUUACACUUUUUUGUAACAUUUUAAAGCACGAACACUGAAAAUAUUUUUUUAGUUUGUCAUGUGAAUGACUGAAUAAUUAUUUCGUGGGAAAUCUUAUUAUUAUGGCAAAAAGAGUACUGUAUUAUACAAAUUAAACAGUAUACGGAACCGUCCUUGUUAUAAUUGGUCUAACAUAUUUUAUUAUUCUGUUUCAUCAUACCAUUCUUUUAUUAUUUCUUUUUUUUUAGUAUUCUUAUCCUGCAGCUGGUAAUUUCAUAGCAUUCAUGCCAUUUCUUGCAAAUUUGUGUAUAAAAGCAGAAAAACAAAUGUAUUUCGUUAUUUUCACAAUUCACACAUUUAUGGUAUUUGUACUUAAAUUUCUUGCUUUAUGCUUUGAUCUCGUGAAUUCCUUUUUAGUGAUUGGUGUGAAUAAAUUCUCUUUUGUGAUUUCCAGAAUUCGACUGUCAACAUUUUAAAAUAAAAGUGGUAAAAAUUAAAUAAGCGGCCAAUGUGCUAACUCGGCAUUGGAAGUUAUUUGCACAGAUGUGUGCAGUUAAAAUGAAAGUUGGUUUCUAUCCAAACUAUUUAGAUUAACGACAUAUAAAGACACAUGGGCGAUUCUAGUUGUUACAAAUGUUUAUGUGAUGGCUCUUUGUCCAGAUGUUAAUAGCUUUACACCCACCAUCGAGAAGCAAAUAUACAUUGCUGUACUGGCAUUAUUUUCUGUACUAUUUUUCAAGUUUUGAUUUGGUCCCACCUGGAUUAUGUUAUUCCUAUUUCAUCUUUUUUCCAUUCAUUGUAGCUUCUUCACAGAUACCAUAGUCCUUGAUCACGCUAUCGGCUAUGCUAGUUAUCUGCCAAUUUAAUCGUAGCCUGAGUGUUAAUCUAGUGCGUAGUCUUGUCUUUUUGAAAUGUCUUGUGUCCAAGACACGACGUUGUCGACGUAAAAAAAAUGUUGAAAAAGUGAGAAAAAAUAUCUCUGUAUUUGUACAUGAACGAA